AUGUCGUUGAUAGGGCGCCGGAUCGCCGCCUUCGGACCAUUUACGCCAACAGCUAUACUCGCACUUCGGGAAUCGGAAGGGCCUACCAUGGUAAAGGAACAAGAUGUGGCGUCCGCGGUAUCGACUAUUGCGCCUUUCGCUACGUCUUUGAAUGGUGUCGACCAAGCUGGUAACAUGCUCUUCAAGGAAAUGCUCUGGUGGACAUUGGGUGCAAUGGCGCUUAUUGUUCUAUCCAUUCGACUGGUCGAGAUGGGAUGGACCAAACUACGUCACGUCUCAGCCAUGUCGAUCCCAGCUGAAAGACAAAGUUACUGGAAGAAGUCGCAAUGGAGUUGGAUGCCAAGCUUGAAGAAAAACCUGAUAUAUGCGCCCCUAUGGAAGAAGCGACAUAACCGCGAGAUCAAAUUAUCUUCUGCUAUCAGCAUAGGAACUUUGCCAUCUCGACUCCACUCCGUCAUCCUUGGUAUUUAUUUGCUCAGCAAUUUCGUUUAUAUGUUUUACGAACACUGGACUCAGGAGAAUCGUUACGCUCUAGCUGCCGAAAUUCGAGGGCGCUCGGGUACACUAUCACUCGUUAACAUGGUUCCUCUCAUUAUCAUGGCAGGUCGAAACAACCCCCUUAUCGUGAUGCUAGGGGUCAGCUUCGAUACUUACAAUCUCCUUCACCGGUGGAUGGGUCGUAUGGUCAUUAUUGAGGCUGUCAUACAUACUAUUGCUUGGGCCUGUGUCGAAGUGGCCGCAGACGGGUUUUCCGGCAUGAAUUUCAAGUUGCUUCACGAUAGCUUUCUCGCAUCCGGUCUCGCUGGAACAAUUGCUCUCGUCAUCAUCCUUUUCCUUUCGCUCUCCCCGGUUCGACACGCUUUUUACGAAACAUUCCUUAACUUCCACAUCAUUCUAGCUUUUAUCGUCUUCGCUAUGACUUGGGUUCACUGCGCAGCGGCGCACAUUGCAGGUGGUCUCCCUCAGCUUCCUUGGGUGAUUGCGAUUUUCCUAAUUUGGGUGGCGGAACGGUUGGCUCGGAUGUUCCGCCUAGCCUACAACAACUGGUCAAAGAAGGGGGGAUUUACCGAAGCUGUGGUGGAACCUUUAGCUGGGGACGCGAGUCGGGUCACGAUGCACCUCCCCCGUUAUGUCGAUGUCAAACCGGGCACACAUGCGUACGUCCGCUUUAUGGGAGUUAAUCCUUGGGAGAACCACCCAUUCUCCAUCGCAUGGGUUGAACACCAUCCCGAAGCGGAUAAGACUACGCUCGGAGAGAAGGCCGAAGGCGAAUCCCAAAUUAAGAGGGGAACAACAUCCGUGUCGUUUAUCAUUGGUGCCCACACUGGUUUCACAAGACAGCUUUACAACAAAGCUCUUAAGGAAGGAUCUCAGUCCAUCCGAAUCAGAGCCGCGAUGGAAGGGCCGUACGCGGGGCACCACUCCCUUGAAUCGUAUGGACACGCCGUCCUUUUUGCCGGGUCAACUGGUAUCACACACCAAAUCUCCUAUAUCAAACCAUUAAUCGAGGGGUUUAAUGAAGGAAUAAUCGCGACAAGACGGAUAACACUCGUAUGGAUAAUACGUGACACCGAGUCGUUAGAAUGGGUGAGACCGUGGAUGGACGAGAUACUGCGGAUGCCAAGGAGAAGGGAGAUUCUGAACAUACGACUGUUUGUUACGCGACCGAAGAACAGCAAGGAGAUCCAUUCCGCUUCCAGCACGGUCCAGAUGUUUCCAGGACGGCCAAACAUUCCCACGCUCCUUAAGAAGGAAGUCGAGGGACAAAUUGGUGCCAUGUGUGUAUCGGUAUGCGGUCCUGGCGCCUUGGCGGAUGACGUUCGGCAAGCAGUUCGCGACGUCCAAGACGAAAAUUCUGUAGUCGACUUUGUCGAGGAGAGUUUCACAUGGUAA